AUGUCGUCCACGGACGCCGAGCGUGGGGCGUUCGCGAGACACAUCUUGCGCGGACACCGCGUGGAGGUGCGAACGGUGGACGGGACGACGCACGAGGGGGUGCUCGCGAAGGCGGACGCGGAGGCGUGGACGAUCGCGUACGCAUGGAAAAAAUACGACGCGGGAAGCGACGUGCGGGCGCAGCGAGGGAAACCGGUGGAGUCUAUGACGGUGAAGGUGUCGGAAAUCUCGAGCGUGCGAGCGCGAGACGUGGGGAUGAGCGACCUGGCGGUGGGACCGAGUCGCAUGAACGACGACUUCACCGACGGCGGCAUCUCUCGAGGCGCCACGGGGGCGAAUCGCGAGCUCGUCGCUUGGACCCCGGAAGCGGACGACGGGAGCGGGGCGAUGACGCUGGAGGAGGAAGCGGCGACGCUCGGGGCGAAGAAAUCGCAAGGCGCCGGGGCUUGGGGGAAGAAGUCCAACGGCGGCGCCGCCUGGGAUCAGUUCGCGGCGAACAAGCAACUCUUCGGCGUCGACUCCAAGUUCGAUGAAACGGUGUACACGACGUCCAUCGACAAGUCAAACGCCGGGAUCUCCGAGGCCGAGGCCGCGCGCAUCGCGUACGAGAUUCAGAACCAAAUCUCGGACAAUCCUCACGUGGCGGAGGAGCGCGGACAAAAAGCCACGGCUGAUUACGACGAGGAGGAGCGUUACUCGUCCGUCUUGGGCACGGGCAAAGCGGCCGCGCCGCCGGCGCCACCAUCGAGACCCGCUUGGGAAUCGGGCAAAGUUCCGAGCACCGUGGCUCAGCACGCGGAGAAGCGCGCGGAGAAACCGGCUGCGCACAAGGCGGACGCCGCGCCGGCGGAUCCGUCCAAGUCCAAACUCAACCCCAACGCCAAGGCUUUCUCUCUCAGCGCCAAGGCUGCAGAGUUCGUGCCGUCGUUCAAAAAACCCGCCGCACCGCCGGCGGCGCCGCAGAUGGUCAUGUAUCCGGGAUACCCGCAGAUGCCGGGACACAUGAUGUACCAGAUGCACGGAAUGCACGGCAUGAUGCCGGGCAUGAUGCCGGGCAUGUCGGACAUGGGCGCACCGGGCCAUCCGGGCGCCCCGCACCACCGAAUGCCUCCCUCAGGCGGCGCUGGAAAGUGA